ACUAUGUUUCUCACGCAAAGAACACCACAGGGCCUAUAAGAGCCCCCAGCGACCAGCUCUACAGUUCAGACCGAUCCAGCAGACAUACAGCAUGGCUCAGAAAACGGCCCUGAUCGUGUACGCCCACCAGAGUCCGGGCUCGUUCAACGCGGCGGUGCGUGACGUGGCGAUGCAGGAGCUAGAGGCCCAGGGCUACAAGGUGCUCGUGUCUGACCUCUACGCCAUGAACUUCAGGGCUAACGCAACUCAGGACGACAUCAUCGGUGACCAUAAGAAUCCAGAGCUUUUCCAGUAUGGAGAUGAGACCAUGCAUGCCUGGAUGGAAGGCCAUCUAAGUGAUGACAUCAUGGCGGAGCAGCGCAAAGUUAAGGAGGCCGAGCUCGUCAUCUUCCAGUUUCCUUUGUACUGGUUCAGUGUGCCGGCCAUCAUGAAGGGCUGGAUAGACCGAGUGCUGACACAAGGCUUUGCUUUCUCCCUGCAAAAGAUGUACAAUAACGGUAUAUUCAAGGAUAAAAAAGCGAUGCUGUCUUUCACCACUGGAGCAACACAGACCAUGUUUCGGCCUGACGGUAUCAAUGGAGACAUCAACAUCACGCUGUGGCCUCUACAGAACGGCACUCUGCACUUCUGUGGAUUUCAGGUUCUUGCUCCUCAGAUAUUCUGGAGCCCGGCUCACUGUCCCUCCGCCAUGCGAACAGCCCUGCUAGACGGGUGGCGAGCCCGGCUUAAAGGACUAUUGACAGAAAAGCCUUUGAACUUCGCCCCCUGUGAGCUCUUUGACCUCAGCUUUCAGGGGGGGUUUAUGAUGUGGCCCAAAGUGAGGGAGGAGCGAGAGUCGCAGCCGUACGGCCUCACCACAGGACACCAUCUGGGGAAACCACUGCCGCCUGACAACCAGAUCACUGCCCAGCCCGCGGACGAAAGUAGUGCCAAACCAGCAUGCAAGAAGUAG